CCUCAUUGGCUAGAAAUGGUCAUGUGACCAUUCAGCACCACUGCCAAUUGGUUGAAUUCAUUUACUUUAAAGACGCGCGCGCGUUUCUUCAGUGUAUCGUUUGUUUCAGAGCAGUUGUUAUCGUGAGCUCUUUUGGUCAACUCUCUAUUUUUUGUUUUCUUAUUUGUUUUUGAGAGAUUGGUUCUUCUUUUGGUCCUUGAACAAAUGGACUGUGUGGAUUUUCCUAAAGUUUUUCAAAAUUCCCCGAGGACAGCCGAGGGGCAAAUCCAGGUUAUAUUUGGGCCGAUGUUUUCAGGCAAAAGCACUGAAUUGAUGCGAAGGGUGCGUCGUUUCCAAAUAGCCCAGUACUGCUGUUUGGUGAUCAAAUACGCCAAAGAUACACGCUACUCCGACAUAGGCAUGGCCACACAUGAUCAGAGCACAAUGGAGGCUGUACCCGCAAAAUGUCUGAGAGAUGUGCGGUCAUUAGCACUGCAAGCCUGUGUCAUUGGAAUUGAUGAAGGGCAGUUUUUCCCAGACACAGUGGAGUUUUGUGAGGAGAUGGCCAAUUUGGGCAAGACUCUUAUUGUCGCUGCCUUGGAUGGGACCUUCCAGAGAAAGCCCUUCGGAAACAUUCUGAGUCUUGUCCCUCUUGCGGAAAGCGUGGUGAAGCUUCACGCAGUUUGCAUGCAGUGUUACAAAGAAGCGGCCUAUACAAAGAGGAUUGGAGCAGAGAAGGAGGUGGAAGUGAUCGGCGGAGCUGACAAAUAUCAAGCAGUUUGUCGAAAGUGUUACGGAGCGCUGAUAGCGACCAAAGAAAACCAACCUCCCCUCAGGGAUCCGACUCAACAUGCACUGAAUGGAAAACUUGUGGACUCUGGAAUCCCCAGGAAACAUUUCUCUUCCCUCCACCUCUGAACACACACAAACAGUUGCUCAAGUAUGGAGGUCCAGAAUUGAGCUGCUGUGUGUAACACACAAUUCCAAUGUAACUAAUGAACUCCCACUCUCCUAAAUUCUGACAUGUCCAACGGUGGGUGCAGCUAUGUUUGCUACAAUGUGUAAAAUGGCCAAAAGGGCAAAUCAGUGUUUUCAUGAUUAUUAAGGUUUUAUUUCUCUGUCAGACGUAAUCCCAACACAGGAUGAGAUUUAACUCCAGGCUUAUCAUUGAGCUAAACAAACCCAAAUAGGGAGGUUGCAAAAACAAUAGUGAAUUAGCAAGAGGCACAAAUCGAAGUAUGUGCAUAUGUACUUAAGAGGUUUCUGAAUAAUGUCCAUUAAACCACCAAAAAGGCAAGAGUUGUUUGGAACAAAAAAUAACUUUGGAAGCUUAAACUAAACCAGACAUUUUAACAAAAGUAAGCUGAAGCAAAACCUUUUUUUUUUUUUAAUAAUAAAAACAAACAAAUAUGAAGUGCUUAUCGUAGUGAUUACAUUGCUCUAACCAGCACUGUAAAAGUAAUACUAUUAUAUCUGAACGGACCCUAAAUACAUUUCCCAUGUCAGAAUUUAGGAGAGUUGGGAGUUCAUUAGUUAUAUUGGAAUUGUGUGUAAAGCAAUGAGACUUUGCUUUACACACAACAGUAACUGUUAGUUGACACGGAGAAGGCUCCAAGUCAUACCUUGUCGAGUGUACAGUAGUCACAAUGAGUUCGCAGAAAGAGUAGGGAUGUUCUUUGCUCCAAAAGCACUCGUUAGUGUUCAAUGUGUGCAUCAUUAUCGGCACUCUAACCCACCUUCACUAUCUGAAUAUAAACCAAGUUUAAAGGGAACCCGUAUAAACGAUCACACAAC